AUGACUCAACAACGAACGCCAACCAAGAAAGUGAGUCGUCAGUCUGAGCGCAGCAAGGGCCAGGAGGAAGACCACGGCGACAAAAUACAGGAAUGGAACGAUACACGAAUAGGACGAGACGACCCGAGUAGCGCGGGUGAAGCAACUGCAGUUAGAGAGCGGCAGCCGAGGCGGGAGGAAUGGAGGAAAAAAUAUAUUGAUUGGCGCUCGGGUAUACGCGUGGAAGGAGGGGCAGACAGGUGCUGUAUAGCACAACAGAUUAAACUGCCGAACGCAUAUCGCAUAUAUGAACGGUACCUGUCUUCAAAAAAAAAGGUCAAAGAACCGAAGCGAGAUCUCGCACAGACGUCGGUUUCAAUAGAAGCGAUGGAGAAAGUGAUGAAUGAGUGCAUAGGCAAGCGAUUCUCGAAGAGAAGGAAAGGAAGGUUCGGAGUUGUAUGCAGCGUAGUUGAUGCGAUGCGAUGCGAUGGAAAGCAGCUGCUGAAAAAUUUUGAGUUGUGUUGUGUCAUUCCGAUCAACAUGCUGAAACGCGAUCUCGCUGCGUGA